AUGAAUUUAGAGGUUAGCAUCCCUUCAGGAAGAACUCUUUGUACAAAUCACAUAACUAAGGCUAUGAAGUUAGAAAUUGACGGGAAAAUAUUACAGGCGAACUUAUGCCUUUUAGAUAUGAAAGAUUUCGAUGUUAUUUCAGGUAUGGAUUGGUUGAGACUUAAUCAUGCGAUCAUUCUAUGUCAUAAGAAAAAAGUAUUGUUUCAUAGACCGAGAGAGGAAGAGUUUCGUUUCUUUGGAGCAAAGUUCAAGUCUCUACCUCCUCUUGUAUCGGCUAUACAAGUGGAAAGAUACAUAUUCCCAGAAGAUUUGCCAGGCAUUCCACAAGAUAGGCAAAUGAAAUUCACAAUUGAUUUAGUUCCUGGAGCAGCUCCAGGCGCUCCUGUACUUUUUGUGAAGAAGAAUGAUGGAAGUAUGAGGAUGUGUAUUGACUACCGAGAAUUGAACCUUUUGACCAUAAAAAAACAAAUACUCACUACUAAGAAUAGAAGAUUUAUUCGACCAGUUAAGGGGUGCAACAGUGUUUUCAAAGAUCGACUUGAGGUCGAGUAUUUAGACAAGUUCGUCAUAGUAUUUAUUGACGACGUACUUGUGUACUCAAAGGAUAAGAAGCAGCAUGAGAAACAACUCUGA